CUGCUCUCUGCUUUAAGGAAAAGAGGCUCAUAGAGAACUGGGAAAGUGCUGAAUGGGAUUCAAGUGAAGCUGUAUGUGUGGAUUUGUGUGUCUUUGUUUUCCCCCCCUUAGGGCAGCCUUCUCUUGACUCGCAGAGCGGAGGAAAGCAGCAGGCGGAUGGCAGCGCUGUGUUCCUGAACACAAUAUAACCUUCUUCUGACCAAGAACAAUACAAGGGAAUCUGGAGAGGCCAACCUGGGGAAAGGAAAGGCUUAAAAAUGGCAGAACUCGCAGUUAAGAAUGGCAGCUGCAUUGACUGGCAAAAACAAUGCCUUGCAUUGGAAACCCAGCUCUUCAAAUUCCGCCUGCAAGCCAGUAAGAUCCGGGAGUUGCUUGCUGAGAAGAUGCAGGAACUGGAGCAGAGAGUGAUUGAAGCAGAACAAAGAGCCCAAAGUGCAGAGAAACAGGCUGAAGUAAUGGAAGAGAAGUUGAAACUUGCAAACACGAAAACAAGUGAAUUGAAUGAACACAAGAAAUACCAGGAGCUGAUGAACAGAGUACAAGAAAGGGAUGAACUGAUCAAUAAACUGAAGAAACAGCUGGAAGAGCAGAAGCAGUUGAGAGCACAAGAAGCUAAAAUUGUUCAAGAAAAGGCCACCAAAAUUAAGGAUUGGGUAACAGCCAAGCUGAGAGAGCUGGAGCUGGAAAACCAUUAUCUCAGGGGCUGCAACCUGAGGCUGACAGAGCAGAUUGAGGCACUUCAGAAAGCUUUGCAGGUUAUAGAUAUGACAACUCAAUCUGUUUCAAGUUGUAGUGUUCAGCUACCUAGAGAUCCAUUAUCAUCCCUCGUUGAGAACUCAGACCAGGACUCCAAGCUUCUUACAGCAGACAUCAAGCAGGCUUAUCAAAGUGUAUCUGCAAAUGUUGUAACAGGUGUGGUCUUUGUAGAUGAUUCCUGUAUAGAAGGUGAGACUGAAACAUCAGAGCCCGCCCAGAGCUCACUGAGACUUAUGUCUGACUCCUCACAUGACAAGGAUUCUUCAGAGAAAGAUUUCAUUUCUAUGACAUUCCCAAGAAUCAGCACAUCACCCCAAAUCAGCACAUCACUGAACCCCCAAACUGAUACUGCAAAAUUUCACGGAGCUUUGAUUUUUCAGUCCCCUCUGGAAGAACUUCAGAAGUCUAUCAGUGACUUGGACAAGAUUGCAUCUGUUCUGUACAAUCCAUCAGAUGAACUGAGUAACAAAUUCCAUCCUCAUAAAUUAGAUCUGUCCUCCAGGGAAAUAACAGGAAUUCAUAAUUGUUCUGUUUCACCAUCUGUUGCAGCAUUGAAGUUGUCAACAAACGUAACUUCUGUGCCCUCAAGUUUCUCAAGGAUGGAAGGUGGCAGUAUGACUCUUCCAAAAGCUCGGACUCCAAGCAAACCAAGGGACAGCAUUCAGCUAGCCAAGAGGCAUUAUAGCCAACCACAGUCAGGAACUGACUGUUUUCAUCAUGUGGUGAACAUAGAGAUCAGCAAAUUGCAGUGUAUAAGAGCUCCCAAGCAAUGCCAGAGAGAAGUGGAAGAGACAGAUAUUGAUGAAGUAGCAGAGAAAAUGGAGAUGGACGACUGUCUGCUGCAGGAGGGAGGGAUGGACAAGGAGUCUCCUCAGAACCUUUGUUCAUGCAAAGAGAUGAGGAUUUCUGAAGCCAGAGUAAGGGAUUCAGCAGAUAAGCCACCCACUCCACCACUGCACAGAUUUCCAUCUUGGGAGAGUCGUAUCUAUGCAGUAGCCAAGUUUGGCAUGAGAAUGUCAGAAGUGGCUUUGGGGAAUGCCUCUUCUAGCCAGACUUCAAAUUCACCAACUUAUUCAUCCCCUGGACCAUUCACCAGCCUUGUUUACAGAAAUGUUACAGUGCCUGUUUACACCAUGCUAAAAGGGAAGGCAACCCAGAUCAGCAAUGUUCCUUUCUUGGACGAGUCCUCCUGCUCUGAUGAUGACUGUAGUUCCCAUGUUAGUCUCAGAACUUCCAAUGCAGGAUCUGAGCCCCAGAAAACAAGCAGACCUGGCAGUCCUCGUGCAAUGAAACGAGCAGGAGUGUCUGUAUCCUCAUUGAGUUCGGAGAGUGAUUAUGCCAUUCCCCCUGAUGCCUAUUCCUUGGAUGGAGACCAUUCUGAACCAGAGCAUAAACUGCAGCGGACAUCCUCUUAUUCCACUGAUGUUGGGGUCUACAGUGAACCCCUGGAGAAAUCUGGCUAUUUGUUGAAAAUGAGCAACCAGGUGAAGACAUGGAAGAGACGGUGGUUUGUUUUGAGAAAUGAACAGCUCAUGUAUUAUAAAUCCCCAAGUGAUAUCAUCUGCAAGCCUCAGGGAUUGGUUGAUUUGAAUUCUUCUUGUCAAAUCAUACGAGGUGAAGGAUAUCAGACAUUCCAGCUUGUCACUGAAAAAAGGACCUACUUCUUGACAGCUGACUCUCCUAACAUCUUGGAGGAGUGGAUCCAUGUCCUCCAGAAUGUGAUCAAAGUGAAAGUGACCAGUCCCACUAAGGUUCCUCUCAGUGAUGCAAAACCCACUGUGAAAGGCUGGCUCACCAAGGUGAAACAUGGGCGGUCUAAGCUGGUUUGGUGUGCACUGAUUGGAAAGACUUUUUACUAUUAUCGAAAUCAUGAAGACAAGUGUCCUCUAGGCUAUUUGUACAUGCGUGAAUCAAAGGUGGAAGAAGUGGAUCACUCCUGUGACUCUGAUGAGGAUUAUGAAGCUAGUAGGGGCCUCUUUUCUUCUUACUGCACCCUGGUGAUUCACUCUCCAGAUCAGAGUCCUGUCUACCUACUAAUUGGUACAAAACAGGAAAAGGAUACGUGGUUGUACCACCUGACAGUAGCAGCAGGCAGCAGCAGUGCCAAAGUGGGCAGUGCCUAUGAGCAGGUGAUUGGGAAAUUACUUGAUGCAGAAGGAGACCCAAGUUCUCCUUUGUGGAAACACCCAAUGCUGUGUUACAGCAAGGAUGGGCUGUAUAUGCCUCUCACCACUCUUCCGUCAGAGGCACUGCAGACAGAGGCCCUGAAACUCUUCAAGUCUUGCCAGCUGUUUAUCAACGUCCCUGUAGAAGCUCCUUCCAUUGAUUACCACGUGUCGCUAGCCCAGACUGCUCUACAAGUCUGCCUGACCCACAAUGAGCUACAGAAUGAAAUUUAUUGUCAGCUAGUUAAGCAAACUAGCAGACCAGCUCAGAACCACUCGGCCAUUCAAUGCUGGCAAUUAUUGGCUUUGUGUGUUCCUCUCUUCCUGCCUCAGCACCAUUUCCUUUGGUAUAUCAAGCAUUACUUGCUGCAGCAUGGAGACCCCAGAAGUGAAAUAGGAAAGUAUGCAAUUUACUGUCAGAGAUCAGUGGAACGUACUUUGCAAGUUGGUGAACGAGAAGCCAGACCUUCCCGAAUGGAGAUUAUAUCCAUUUUGCUGAGAAACCCCUACCACCACUCACUCCCCUUCAGUAUUCCAGUGCACUUCAUGAAUGGAACCUACCAGGUGGUAGGGUUUGAUGGCUCCUCAACAGUGGAAGAGUUCCUGCACCAGCUGAACCAAGAGAUGGGCAUGAGGCAGUCAUCAUUCUCUGGGUUUGCUCUCUUUGCGGAUGAUCCAUCUGGCGGGGAUAUAGAACACUGCCUUCAAGGCCCUAUGAAGAUCUGUGAUGUCAUUUCAAAAUGGGAGCAAGCUUUGAAAGAGUUGAAUCCUGGGAAGUAUGAAGGUGGCACAAGAAUAGUGAAGCUAACCUAUAAAAACAGACAGUAUUUUCGAUAUCAAGCAAAAGGUGAAACAGAUCGAGAGCGCUUGCUGUUGGCUUUCCAGAUUAGUGGUGAUAUAGCCAGUGGGAGGUUCCCUGUCAAUAAGGAGCUGGCUCUGGAAAUGGCAGCUCUGAUGGCCCAGGUGGAUUAUGGGGAUUUGGAUCGACCAGUACUAUUGAACCCUGGGGGGUCAUCACAUUCCAAAAUGCAACAUCUUCUCCAGAUGGUACUAGACAAAUUCUAUCCCAAGCAUUACAAGCACCAUGCUGUACCUGAACAGAUAAGGCAGCUGGCUGACCAACUGGCUGCAAAGUGGAUGAUGCUGCACGGGUGUUCUUCUCCAGAAUGUGUCCGGAUUUUUUUGACUGUGGCUCGGAAAUGGCCCCUCUUUGGAGCCAAACUCUUUAUUGCUAAGCCUGUCCUGCCUUUUCCCCUGGAAGACAGUCCAUUGUGGAUAGCUGUGAAUGAAGAUGGAAUCAGUAUACUGGAAUACAGCACUAUGCACUUAAAGCUGUCAUACACAUUCUCUUCUGUGCUGACCUUUGGAGGCUGCCAUGAUAACUUUAUGAUUGUAAUCAGCCAAGCGAAGGACAGGCACUCUGGAAAAACUACCCCUGAAAAAUUGCUUUUUGCAAUGGCUGCUCCAAUGAUUGCUGAAGUGACACUCCUCAUCGCCAGUUAUAUUAACUAUCGUUCAUCAACUCCAUACCCUCCUGUUCCAAGCCUCAAUUCAACACGGAGUACAUCAUCUACUAAGAAGUGCAUAGACAUUGAAAGCAGCUAUUUCUUUCCUUCUGUGGCACGGACCACUAAGGGGCCAACGCUGCUGUAAGGCCAGUGUUCAGGUGCCUUUGCCACACUGUGAAUCAUUUUACUGUACUGUCAUGUUACUACUAACGUGCCUGUGAUCAGGCAGACUACAGAUCUACCUCCUUUGUAAAGUGCAACAUUCCUAAAGAUUUGUUCAGCACAUGACAAGAUAAGUGUCUUGGGGUUUUUUUUAACCUAUUUUGACUAGAUCAUGCCCAUCUUCUACAUUUUUUUGUUUUGCCUUCUUUCCAUCUUAAGAUCUGAUUUGCUCCAGCCUCUACCCAGUCAUGGCCCCAAUCUCUUCCUCCGUGAAUGGCUUCACAGAUUCCCCCUUGAUUGCACUGAAGUUGUUAAAUUCAUAGUCUCUUAUAUAUUAGUUUACAUAGCUGUUGUCUAUAACUGCUUGUCUUUUUAAUAUUAUGCCUCAUCUCAUACCACAGUGCCUACUGUUAGAAUCUGUGCUAGACUUAUAAAAUAACCUGACUCCAUCAAUAUCCUUAGUAAUGUUACUUACCUAUCUCAGCCAGUAAUUUAUUUGUUCCUGUGUUGGUCCUUUUCUGCUUUUGACAGCAAACUCUCCAGGAAAAGAACUGAUUUUGAGCGUUCAUGCCUUGAUCUUAUCCUUUGCAUUUCUCAGAUAAUUCCUAUGAAAACAAAAUUCCUAUUUAUCAGUGCUUUUGAUUUUUCUAAACAUUUUGGUGCUUUCCUCCAUCUCUACUAAACAGGGUAAAUGAAAUUAUACUAUAUUUCUCAUAAUAGUAAAGGGCAUUAUUAGCAGAAUGGUGCUUUGAACAUCCUGUAAUAAUAUACUGAUCACAUAAUUGCAGGCAGUAUUACAAGUGUCAAGCAGCCUGAUUCAGAGAUUGCAUACAAUUUAGUGAGGAAUUGUAAUCAAUAUAUUAAUCAAGGACUAAUAUACUGGCAUUUUUAAAGAGAGAUUACAAAGGCUUUUGUACUUAUUUUUCACAAGCAUAAUAUUUAGCACUCAGAAGAAUGGAAAAAACUUGUCAUGAAGACUGUUAUUUUUAAAAAAGAGUUUGGGAUUAGGAAAUUGCUAGGUUGUGGGAAUUCCUCAGCUUGAAGACCAGCUUUUCACAAGAUUAAUAUUUAGUUGUCUGCAUAGAAACAUAGGGACAAGAAGGAAAUAGUUUAAUACAGGGAUUCCAGGUUCACAAAGCAAUUUUAUGUGGUCUGUUAUCUUGAUGUUUAGGGCAAAGGAGGAGUUGCCAGUCGACUUCUUUACAGUUUGCUGUGAUUAUCACAUCAAUGGAUAAUCCUGAAGGAGGUGAAUAUGCUAGUUCAGCAUUAUGAACCCUGUAGAGCAGGGGGUGGGGUGGGGCAACCAAUUUGAGCUGGAAUGCUGAGAGGGGAUGGUGAGACUACCUCAAAAUGGUUGUCACAGGAGGCGAAGCCAAACAUAAUACCUCCCUCCUCACACUGCAGAGGAAUAACAGAAACUAAGGCCCUUUCUGUACAUGCAGAACAAUGCACUUUCAAUCCACUUGUUUGCAAGUGGAUUUUGGUACUCUGCACAGUAAAAUCCAGCUGCAAAGUGGAUUGAAAGUGCAUUAUUCUGCAUGUGUGAAAGAGGCCUGAGUGAAGGCCAAGGGAAGGAAUGGAGAAAGAGAAAGGGUAAGAAAAAGGAAAGUCUGGAUGGGGAAUGGAAGUACAGUGCUGACUAGUACUCCUGAUCCUCCAAUGGCUGCUGGCGCCACUGUAUAUACUAACAAGCCUAGCCUUACAAAGACUCCACCCACUUUCUGAACACUUUGGUUCCACACUGAGGAAUCCUGAUCUAUACUAUUGAUUCUCAAAGCUCAAGCUCAGUUCUCCCUGUGAUUUUAGCUUUUGGUUAUAUAAAUGUUUCCUUGUAUCUGUCCCUUUAUCUUCCAAGGGCCAGCAUUUAACCAAGCAUGAACAAAGAGACUUCAUCUCAUUCUUCGAAUGUUUUGAGUGGGAUGGCACAUGCUUAUUCUUUUCUAUAUGCUAACUUCCUCUUCCAUGCACAAAGUAUAUUCCUUGCAGCAAAUACUUGAAGCACUCUGCAUGGCCCUCUUAGUGGUAGGUUUGCUGCCACUCUUUAAUGCAAUGGCCCUCUAAGCUAACCUUACCAAAUGUAUUCAAGGUGCAAGGAGCAUUUAAUCUCACAGUUCACCUGUAAGGAAAAUAUUUUUUUCGAAGAGGUAAGAGGAAGAGGUUUUAUAUAAUCCAAUAUUCACACUUUUUAUUGAGUGUUAUAUAUUACUGGUCUAGUUGUCCCUGAUUGGCUAUGCUUCAUUAACGUGGUACUACUGACUUCCUCAUAGAAGUUGACAGUCUGUGAAGGGACUGAGAUUGUGUGGUCAAUUGCAUCUCUGGUUCCUGGAGAAUACUGGGUUUAUUGGUCAUCCUGUUUACUGAAGCAUUAGGUAGUUUGCAGUAAAAAGAAUUUUAACAAGUUCCCAUGUCAAGUGUUGCCAAAAUAAACCGAUAGAGGUACCUAUCUGAACAGCUGGUACUCCCUAAAAGAAUUUUAAAGUUAUAGAGGGUAAUAGUAUCCAAAAACAAAAGAUUCAUAAUACCUUUUAACAAGACUAUUAAAAACAAUACCACACUAUGCAGAUUUUGAGUUUUCCAGAAUUUUUAAUCAGACUGGAUGCUUAAAGUAUAAAAAGAAAUGUGGGAAUAAAAACAUAGCUGGUUAGGAUCUUACAGUUUCUUGAACAGUAUUAUAUGUAGUAGGCUUUGUCAACUAUAGAGUGCACACAGUAUGGUUAAUAAUAGUUUAGGACUUUGGCCUGCUGGGAACCAGAAGCAAAAACGCAGCCAUCCAAUUGAAAUGCAAUAACCAGUAGUUGAUCAAAUGUCUCUCUGAUGCUGAACAGAAUGCAUAGGUGUCCUGUUUUGGGAUUAUAUGGACCAGUGCAGCUAUUUACCUUUUUGUCUAUUAGAGGAUAUUAGGAUGGGAUAAGUUAUCACUGUAAUACUGUGACAGUGGCAUAACAACCAAUGCCAUUUUAGGGUGCCCCCUGUGAUGAAAGUGAUACAGUGCAGAAUGGGAGUAAUCAAUUAUGUCAUCAUAUCACAAAGCAGGAUGAUUCUGUAAAUUAUGGAGAAUUCAGCAUGGGGUGUAUCAUUUGUAGUGCCAGACUCAUGUUCUAUGUAACAUAUAAUUUUGCCCUUAACAAACUACUUAAGAAGCAUGUAGUGUUGUUUUCUGAGAGAAUUAAGAUCUUAAUGACACACUGGAAAGAUGAGUUAUAAGGAGAAUUAUGGAUCUUGAAGUCAAAUCCUGUUGCUGAAGUAACUGUUUAUGUUUAACUAAAAGAAAAAAAUAGUCCUAUGCAUGCCUCCUUGGAGAAAGUCCUAAUAAACUCAGUGGGCUAACUUCCAAAGAAGCAUGCAUAGACUUGGAUUACUCAAGAUAAAAUCAGACAGUUUUAAAACCAUUUAAUGGGUAUCCCAAAGAUGUGCAAAAACAAUUAUUCAUCCCAUCCACUAUUGACCAGAUAUGAAGCAAUAGGAAAUCUGUGGAAUGUUUUUCCUAGAGAAUAUUGGGAAAUGCUAUAUGUGGUGGGGAGUUUUAGGAAUGCUAACUGCCGGAAUAGGGCAGGAUAUAAAUUUGGAAAAAAACAAACAUAACGUAACCCUGACCUGAAUAGCUAAGGCUAGCCCACUCUUCUCAAAUCUCAGAAGCUAACUAAGAUCAGUCUUAGUUGGUGCUUGGAUGGGAGCCCAUUAAGGAAGUAUAGGGUCACAAUGCAGGGGCAGUCAAUGGUAAAUCACUUCUGAAUGUCUCUUGCCUUGAAAAACCCUAUGGAAUCAUCAUACGCUAGCUGCCGUUAAAUGUCACUUUCCACCACCACAAAUGGUCAUAAACCAGGUGAUGGCAAUCUGAGGGGGGGACUCCGCUUGAACUGAAUGAUUCUACAUAGCCAGAUACUAUAACACAGAUGGGGAAAAAACUGUUUUGCCAAAAACAUCCACAGCCUAUUGACUGAAUCAAGAUUAUGUAAAACAGGGUAGCAAUAGGAGAAUUCAUGCCAUGUUUUAACUGAAUUUUCUAAAAUUUAAAUAAGCAAGUGAUUUGAGAGAUUUAACAAAUACUUGAAUGACUGUUAGAGAAUAUCCCUAAAUGUUGUACGUAACAGAGAUUCUGUACCCUGUGUUAUCUACUGUACGUAAAGGACUGUUCCCAAGCUCUUGCUAUUAAGAGUGUGUUGCCAAGGUCUCUCUUAGUUUCAUUCUAAGCAGAGUUAUGCCCUUUUAAAGUCAUUGACUACAGUGGACUGAGAAGGGUGUAGUUUUUCUUAGAAUGGCACUGCAAGUAUGCUGCAUGGCUCAGUGGGAAUUUGAACCUGGGUCUCCUCAUUCAGUAGUCCUAAUCAUAGGUGCAUGUUUUGAAAAUAUCUUUGUAAUGUUCUAGCUACUAUAUUGUAUUUAUUUCUGCAUGUGCUGACUACUGUUACUAGUACAAAUGUUGCUUUGAAAGAUAAAGGUAUGUGAUAAUGUAUUGUCUUUAAGCUACCAAGGUAGUUCUUGAAAGCCAAGAACAUAAUUAGUCAAUUGCCUAUGCUCUAUUUACUUUCAGAUACACAAAAGUUCAUCACAUCAAUUUCAAAAUAAUUUACUUUAGGAUUAGAUAGUUGGAAAUUUCAGGCAGUUAAACCAUUUGUACUAAGGAUGCAUUUCCAACACUCUCGUCUAUGUUGCUCCCACUUUAAAGAAACACCAAAGCCAUUCAAAUAGCAGCCACAUUAGGGAAUGCAUUUCUUUUGAUAACAGCAAGUUGCAAAUUAAAAGAACUUUCCAUUUUUUUAUAAUCAUGCUUGCCCUAUCCGUUCCUCUAUGAAAUAAUUCAAAAUUGUUCUUAUCAUAUAACUGAGGAACCAAGGCAGAGUUACAUUAACUUGCUUGUUGAACACAAACUUGAAACAUGAUUUCCAGACCCAAGUCCAAGUCUCUCCCCAUUGGUCCACAUUGGCUGUCAUGCAACCACAUACCUAUUUAUAGUUUGAAUUCAGAAAUUAUGUUAAUUUCCCUGACUUCUUUGUGAGAUUCUACUGUAGCAGAGAUUACUUAAUUUUAUUCUGACCAGCUCUCUGGCCCUAACAGGACAUUAGGUGCAGCAGGAGCAGACUGACUAACAAAAUCUUGUACAUACUAGUCUUGUAUAUGAAAGGCUGCAAAAAAAGAUAAUAAACUUAUGUCUUAUAGCAAAGCAGAGAAAA